AUGAUCUAUCUAUCUAUUCAAAGUUUACAUGCAAUAUAUUAUGACAGUCAAUCAUUAUCUAAUCUUGAAAUAAUCUAUUCUAUUUUGUCUUAUGCUCUAUCUAUCUAUCUAUCUAUCUAUCUCAUUCAAUUCACAUAUGUUACAUCAAUAUUUAGCUCACUCAUGAUCAUUAUUCACAUAUAUCUAUCUAUCUAUCUAUCUAUCUCAUUCAAUUCACAUAUAUCACACUCAAAAUUUAUCUCUCUCAGUCUGAUCAUUAUCUAUUUAUUCUCUAUCUAUCUAUCUAUCUAUCUAUUCUAUCUAUCUAUCUAUCUAUCUAUUUCUCAUUCAAUUGACAUAAUCUAUCUAUCUGGAACUGUCUAUCUAUCUAUAUUCAUAUUUAAGAUAGAAUCAUAUUUUUCCAAUCAUAUCUAUCAUCUAUCCAUCUAUCUAUCUGUUUCAAUCUAUCUAUCUAUCCAUCUAUCUAUCUAUAGGAUGAAUCUAUUGGAGGCAUUAUGGCAACCUGAUCAUUAUCUAUCUAUCUAUCUAUCUAUCUAUCUAUCUAUCUAUCUAUCUAUCUAUCUAUCUCAUUCUCUAUCAUAUCUAUCUAUCUAUCUCGACCAAGAAAGAAACAGAUACUUCGUUAACAUUGAAAUAGUCUCAUCAUUAUCUAAGUUUAUCUUUCUAUCUAUCUAUAACUUCGGUAAUGUUUCUAUCUAUCUAUCCCAGAAGGAAUUUUAUUCAAUCUGUGCAAUACGGAAACCACACACAAGAAAACAUUUUCAAGAAUUAGCUAAAUUUUUUAACUUUAUCUAUAUAUCUACUUAUAUCUAUCUAUAUAUCUAUCUAUCUAUUUUUAAGACAAUUCGUCCCAUAACCCCGGAUAUUACGACGUGA